AUGUUCACGGGCAGUGUCACCCGUGGAUCGCAGGAUUUCGCAUUCUUCGAGAACAGCUUCCCCGAUGCUGCGGAGACAGAGGAGCCGUCCCUUCGUAUGGCAAGCCCCAUGGCAGGAAGCCGUCCAGGCACCAGUGGCGCAUGUGGUGCCAGCCGGCCUCAGUCACGCCAGAUCGUUCGGAAGCGCGAGGCGCGGCUGAAGCUUCUGGAGGCCAAGGAGGACAUGCAGCUGGAGGAGUACACUGACGAGGCUUUCGUUUCUGUGGCGCAGCGCGAGCAGCUCAAGCAGGAAUACUGGCAGAAGUACAAUGAGGCUGGCAGUGCCAAGAAGACGCUGAGCGAAUUUGAGGAGUGGCAGAGGGUUCUCCAUGGCAGCAAAGCGGAGGUCUCUACGACGGCUCCAUCCGAAGUGGAGGACCUUGCAACCAGUCGGGUCAGUGUGGAGGACACGGGUUGGCGAAGCUCUCACCUGGGCUUUACGAGGCGAUCUGGCCACGAGGAGUACGUGUCGGAUUACUACCGUCGGUGCCGUGAGAGGCACUACAUCCCCCUGGGUCCUCGUGGAAGCACUCCGCGACAGGCCAAGGGCCACAUUCACCCUGUCGUGGACCCGGUGGCAGUUGAGCCUGGCGUUCUGGAUUUCGGAGGUUGGAGCCUGGGGUCAGACCGCCUGGACAUGCUCUGCCAGGCUCCUGGUGCUCUGGACCAGUGCACGCGGUGUAACCUGUCCGAGAAUCGCAUCGAGGACAGAUCUGUUCCCCUCAUUUGUGAGAAGCUGUUGCCUAGAGCCCAGGCGUUGAACCUGUCCCACAACCAGAUUGGUAUUGACGGCAUGCGCCACUUUGAACGAUCUUUGCGAAAGACCGGGCUCAACCCUCCUCUGAUGGAGCUGAAUCUCCAGGGCAAUCGUUUGGGCACUCCGUUUGGGAAAGUCGCAGCAGCAGACGCCUAUGAGCGUGACCUCUGCAACUUCAUUGAUGCUCUUGGCCGUGCCCAGGACCUCAGGGCCUUGAGCCUGGCACAGAAUGGGUUAGGCAGAGUGAAUCACGAGCUCGGCCAGGCUCUCGGACAGAUGAUUUCUGGGCUGAAACACCUCAGAGUUCUGGACCUGCACUGGAAUAGUUUCCACGGCCUUGGAGCGUACAAGCUUCUGGAAGGGAUUUGUGACAACCGCGUCUCUGGUGGCAAGCUCUCCCGUGUGGACUUGAGCUGGAACCGCCUUGGCAUGGGAAAAGCCAAGAAGCCCCACAAUCCCUCCAAGAUGCUGGCCGAUGUGCUGGCCAACAACAACCAACUCUUCCACCUGGACAUUUCCUACAACUCGAUCGGUGUCGAGGACUGUGCAACGAUCGCCUCGGGCCUUCGAUUCAACAGCACGCUUUUCGGCUUCCAUGAUUUGUUGGUGGCUGUCGGCUUGGCGAAGAGCGGCACUCCGCGCAAGCAAGGUGCAGGAAGAAUUUGCUCCUGCUUGGCGCUAUGUUGCACCCUCUUCAUUUUCACCUGUGCACCGGCCGCUGGUGGCUCUGGAGCUCCUGAGAACAAAGGCUUCCUUAAUGGGAACGAGAUGCCUGAGCUUUUCACCCUGCAGAACCUCAUUGGGCGUGCUGUGGCUACCAUGCUGGCGAACGUCACAGGAUACCCUGUUGGCCGCGAAGGGCCUACGGUGACCAUGGGCAGCAAUCUGGCAUACCUCAUCACCUCUGUGAUGGCGCUGCCGUUUGUACGCCAGUGGGUUGACGUUGAUGCACCUGGUUCUGCUACCUCUGCUGCAACGAUGAUCGACGAGGACCGCUUCGAGCACGCGAAGCGCAUCGUGUGCACAGUCGGUGGAGCCUGCGGCAUGGCAAUGCUGUUCGAUUCGCCAAUUGGUGGCAUCGUUUACAUGUUUGAAGAGAUUACCUCAUCUUCAUGGCCAGUGGAGGUGACAUUCCGGUCAUUUGCAGGCACUUGCGUGUGUGCCUUGCUUUCGAGAGCGCUGCUCAACAUGUGCGGCACCUCAACGAAGGCCUUUGUGAUCUACGAGUGGAACCCGCAGCCUCAGGGUUGGAGCUGGCGGGAUGUUCCUUUCUUCAUGUUGUUGGCGGUCAUCAUCGGACCUUUCAGUGCUUUCCACACACGCGCCUGCCUGGUUGUGGCGAGCGCAAGGCAAAAGCUAAUGUCCAGAUUGGCGGCAUAUCAGCCAUACAAUAAGAUGGCCGAUGCCGUUUUGUACGGUGGGCUGGUGGCUUUGACGUACUCUCUGGUGGCCUUGUCAGCAAACUGCAAGCACACCGCGCAAGACGCUGCCGAAUUCGUGCGGUAUGACUGCGAGGAAGGAAAGUACAACCCCGUUGCAUCUUUGCUACUCACCACCUCGGAGGGAGCCGUGAAACGGUUGUUCUCGAGGCAUGAUGCCAACGAGAUCCAUUUCAGAAACGAGUUGUUGGCCUUUGUGUCCUACACAAGUCUGAACAUCGGUCUGACAGGCGUGCCGGUGCCGUCCGGGAACUUCACUGGCUCCAUGCUCAUUGGAGGGCUCAUAGGCCGCAUGAUGGGGGCGCUGGUUCGAGACUACGGCAAGCCUGGGAUGGCCGUGUCCGGGGUCUAUGCGAUGGUCGGGAGUGCAUCAAUGCUAGCAGGCUUCAAGCAGAUGGCUGUAGCAGUGGUGGUCUUCAUUACAGGAGCUGCCAAUGACCUUGGGCUGGUGCCACCUUUGAUGUUGGCUGUCACCAUCUCCCUGCUCCUCAACAAGCUCAUCAACGAGCGGGGUUUCGAUGAGGAGCAGAUCUUACGGAAAGCGAUCGCAUAUUUGCCAGCCGAGCCUCCACGGCUGCUGGAUCGCACAGUGGCCCUGGAGCUUUGCGAUGAAUUGCCCUCAGAUGCGGUGCUGGCACCAGAAGUGGACUUCCGUGCCAUCAGAGCUGCGCUACAACAAGACAAGGUGGACUGCUUCCCGGUCUUGAAAGAAGGCGGCCAUUGCAUAGGUUUCACAACCCGAGCACGUUUGCAAGCAGCAAUGGAGGUGUGGCAGACUUCUGGCUUCAUUGAUGUUUCUGAUCGCGGCACCCUCAAGGAGGCUGCUUCGGAUCCUGGUGGCGAGCAGAUGGGCAAGCUGGUAUCAGCGGCAGUUGCAAGGGAAUCGAGUUUCUCGGGUAACGUCCUGCCUGUGAAACGCCUCACGGAGCGUGCUCCCUACACCAUUUUGGAGGACAUGCCCGGCCCCCGGCUCUAUGCGCUCUUCGCCAAGGCGGGCGCGAAAGCUGCUUGCGUGAUCUCCGAACGAGGAGAGUUCAAAGGAAUGAUCUCCAGGAAGGGUCUCAUUGAGACCACUCGGCGCUAUGAGCAGGCAAGCGAUGAAGGCCUGGACGAGACAGUUGGGGAUGAUGACGAAGAACAAAGCUUGGUUGUCCCAACUUAG